CUGUAUGUGUGUGUGCGAGUGAGUGAGAGAGUGGGGAAAUGGCAUAAUUAGCAGAAUUAUGAAAGCGGAGUACUCGCUGCCGCCGAAUGUGAUUUUUGAAAGGGAAAACGGAAAAGAAGCUACAGAAGGAACAGGAAUCGAAAACGAAAAGUCUACUCAGCCGUUGGCACAUUUGGAAAUCGAAGUUAGCCGCAUACGCCUCAAAUCGAUCAAAGCGAAUUCGCAGUCAAGGAGCAGGAGCGGUAGUCGUGAGAUAACGGCGAAAAUCAUCUGGUGGGGCGAAAAGCGCGAGGCAGCAGGAACUGUCAGCUGUGACGCCAGCAGCGCCAGCGACCGAGGAAGGAAAAGGUCAAGAAAACAACAAAAACAACAACAGCAGCAGAAGCAAGAGAAGAAGCAGAAACAGCAUCAUACUAACACUAAUACAAUUACAAAUACAAAUACAAAUAAAUUAAGAUACUGUGUGCGGAGCAAGAGCCUUGCCUUAUUUUUAGAUUACCUGCGACAGUGUCCCGCCAUCGAAAUAGUCGCCGCCUGUGACGACAGCAACGACCACGCCUACGAACUUGCGCCUCCUGCUAAGUCAACGCCACCCACCCCCACCCCCCGCUAUCCAGGGCAUACGCUUCUGCCGGUGCCGGCGUCGCUGGUCCGCAAAUACGCCGCCAACUACGGCAGCGGUUGCAAUUUCGAGCAUAAAACCAAAAUUUAUGCUCUAUAUCGUCACCUGGAGAUCGGUGGCCCGCUCGAACAAGUGCAACAGCAACAGCAGCUGAAAGUCGGCCACAUCCAGCUGCGCUUCACCAUGCUCUUCGCCGAGCCACCCCCCAAGGGCCACACCCACCCCCACGCCCAUGCCCACGCCCAUGGUCAUGCCCUUGGUCAUCAGACACCUGGGGACACCGAGACUCCACCGCCAUCGCCGCCACAGGUGAUGCCUCUGCCUCUGCCGCUGCCGCUGCCAGCAGCGCUGCUACAGGACCAGCAGACAGCGGAACUUAUGUCAGGCAACACCACCAACAUCGAGCUAAUGGAGGCCAUGAAGAAAUUGGACGCUGAUCUGGUGGCUCUUUUCGCCACCGCCGCUGCCGAGCCGCUGAAGAAGAAGCAGCAGCAGGUCCUGUGGACUGAGCCCGAGUCGGAGCAGAUAGCCGACGACUUGGAGGAGGAGGAGGAACUGGUUAUAACCCCGGAGAUAUUCCGUCGCUGCAACGGCCUGCAGCUGCACUUGGAGGCACUCACCCUCCAGCCGGAAGGAACCCAGCGCAUGGAACUGGUCCAGAACGAGGUGCGACCCAUUUUCACCGUGGAGUGCCAGCUGUCCGCCGACUUGAUCCGGAAGGUACCCCGCGCUCCGAUGUUCCACAUCAUGCAGUUCGAGUCGGAGAAGUUCCACAGCCUGACGCAGUGCACCCGCUUUGGCCAGACGGCCCAGCGGCAGGUGGACAUGGAGGAGAAGGACUGGGAGGAUAUGACCACCACCGCCGGUCAUGUUGACUUUACGGUGUGGUGGCGUGAGCCCGGCACUUGUCUCAACGAGAUGCUGGGAAUGGGUCGUCUGGAGCUACGGGAGCUCUAUGAGGCCUCGCUGCUGGAGCAGUGCAAGUGUAUUGCCAUCAAGCGGCGGGACAUCCACCUGGGCAGUGUCUAUGUGAAGAUCAGCUUGCUGCAGAACGGAUUGGAGCAGGGAUCGGAUCAGGAGCAUCUGGGUGAUGGAAAGAACGAAAGUGGAAACAAGGCAGCAGUUAACCUCAACUCGAAAGCCGACAUAACGCCCCCUCAGCCACCGCCCCCACCGCCGCCGCCUCCCCAAGCCAACAGCAACAACCAGGCCAUCCUCGACUGUGCCAACUUCAUGGCGGAGACUAACAAGGUCCGGCUCCUCCGGGGCUAUCUCUACGUGGGUGAGGUUCGUGCCCUCUCGCCGGAGGAUCAAGUUGCCUGUCAGGAGGUCUCCAUGCAGCCCUUCUGGCAAGAACAGUUGCUGGAGCGGAAGAUCGACGACAAGGGAGCCUUUGGACUGCAGGAUCAGUUCGCCAUCAUCAAUGAUGUGCAUUUUCUGGCCUGCGUGGAGCGCCAGCACCAGGAGGUGGAGGUGAAACCUCUAGGAGGAGUGGUGCGCCUGCCGCUGCACCAGUUCUUCAUAGCCUACCGGGAUGCCAGCAUCACCAAUCAUCUGUGCAAGGGCAAGCUUCCGGUGAUUUCCAUCGAUGGCUGGGCUCCGAUUCUUAGCGCCGAGACCCAGGCACAAUUGGGAGAGCUCAAGGUGCUCCUGGCCAUCGGAAGCGAGUCCCAGAUCGCCCAACUGAGGCAGCAGCGUGGCCUCGAACAGGACAUGAUUCGGCCGGAUCUGAUGCAGAUCAAGGCCAAGGAGGAGAUGCCGCCUCCUCCAGCACCAGCACCAGCACCAGCUCCAGCUCCUUCAGCGAAUAAUUUUAGCUUCCAAUUGCGUAUUGUUGGGGCGGCGGGAUUGCCCCUGAAUCCGGGCAAGUCCAAGAAGCAGAACAAGCGCCAGGGCGUGCCCAAGCGUUUUCCGGCCAACGAGGCACCCAACACCUACGUCUCCUUCCAGGCGGCGAGCUGCAACAGUAAGACUUUCAACUCGCACGAGGGAUUGGUCUACGCCACGCCCAUCGUGCAGCAGUCCAUCGAACCGCAGUGGCUCAGCAAGUUCCGGGUGGAAGUAAGUGGUGAUUACCGGACUAAUCCCCAAAAGCUCUUCAUCCUGAAGCUCUGGAAGAAGGGGCAGGGUAAGCUGGAGCCUUGUCCACUCGAGGAUGCUAUUAUUGGCUUUGCCGCCCUCAAUCUCAACGAGAAGCAGCCGAACGGAGGCUUUCCCAGUGGCUGGCACAACAUAGUAGACUUUAAUGGACGCGUAACUGGAGGGAUUGAGGCGCACGUGGAACCGAUACCCCCGACUGUGGAUGCCGUCAUCGAGAAUCUGGAGAAAUCCAUGGAACUAACCCAUCUCCAGAUCGGCCAGGCCAUCAAGCGCAAGUACACCGAGCUGGAGGAGAUUUCGCAGCGACUCCGAUCCCGACUGGUGGAUGUUACGGGGGAAACUCUGAAGUUCCCCGAGUUCGAUGUAAAUGCCGCCCUGGACGACUGGCAGCAGGAGGGGGAUGAUGAUGAUCUGGUGGAUGAUUUCGAGCGGGCUCUCCGAACUCCGACGCCACCCAGCUCCCCCAGGCCAUCGACCAGUAAAGGUACCAGCGCACAAAGUCCCCGAAAUGCCAGUGGCCAGGAAUAGCCCAGGGCCAAAUUAAGUCAGUUAAUUAUCUGCUUUUUCCUCUACCCACAUCUCGAUGUUGUCUCUGAUAUUGGCUCAACAGUAGCUGUAGUUAACCACCUAGUAGUAGACUAUAUGAUACGCGGAACUCUAUCUGAUAUUGUGCUGUACUUAAAAAUUGGCAUCCCGAUUUGCCUCGAUUCACCGUCUUAUGGCUGUCUAUAUAGCAUAAAAUCAAAUCUUAAAAACGAUCACCCAGCGAUCGUUUCAUUGAGUUGAAAAAUAAAUUGUCGAUUAAUUAUUGUUUGUAAGUCUCGAGAGGAUUAUCCCCAAACCCCAACACACACAAACACACACACACACAAAACAACCACACACAGAAUAUGUAUUAGUUUCGGAACUGUGUUAAUCACCUAAGUAUUUAGACACUAUUACUUAAUAAAUAAUAAAUUGCUAAUGCAAAAUAAA